UCGGAAACAGCAAUUUGUAUUGUGUUUAUUGGAUCUCUUUGUUUUAUUGGCAGUUGGAUUUCAGACAGCUGCCUUACCUUAAAUACGAUAUCUUUACAGAGAAAAAAUGUGCAGGGAACUCAACAGGCUGGUUGUUUUGUUGAUUUUAAACAGUUUGACCAAUGUUUCGGUAUUAGCGACCGGGAAUCGAGUGAAAGGAAGCGCAAAUCAGUCGUCACAAUACCGUACAUGCCAGCAGAAAAAGCCUUCGACGGUGAAAUAAUUUUCCAUGAAUCUGAAUCUCGUUGCACAUGCAGUGCUACAGCUGUUCGUCAAAUACCUCGGUGGUGGGAAAUGAAUUUUGGAUCCAAGCAUUUGAUUGGUUCCAUAAAAGUCAUCGGUCGUGAUGGUUUCGGAAGAGAGCAAAGUCAAAGCCUUGCUGCUUAUAUAAGUAACGAUACGAUGGAAACAAACAGUGGAACAAUUGUUCACUUGCCUGAUUCGAAUACUAUUGGGUUACUCGUGCAGUUUAAUCACGCUCCUCGGGUUGCCCAGUAUAUCAACAUAAAAAAAGAUGAUGCAAAUAAUGUGAUGACUAUUUGUGAAGUAGAAGUAUUCGGAGCAAACUGUCCGUCAGGAUAUUUCGGUGACAUGUGUUUGCGAAGAUGUCAUUGUAAGAACCAAUGUGAAGUUAUUUCUGGUCACUGCACCGAAUGUGAGCCCGGUUGGAAGCCACCUACAUGUGAAACUGCAUGCCAUUCUGGGUUCUACGAUGACUGCAAACAAGUGUGUGGGCAAUGUAAGCAGCAACCAUGUAACAAAACUGAUGGCUAUUGCACGGAUGGUUGUGCAGAAGGAUACACUGGAGAUAAAUGUGACCAAGAUUAUAAGGAGGAGCGGAUGUUUACCAUUUACGAGGUUGCCGGGGUGGCUGGAGUGUCGGUAGCAGGAUGUCUUCUCCUUGUAUUUGCUUGUAAUCUUGGAUAUAGAAGAUACAAGUCGGCAUCAAAGGAAAAAGACACAACUAACGUUAUUCCAGACAUCGACUAUGUGAAUACGGGGAACGCAUACGAAGGCCCGAACGAAGUACAGUUUCAAACUAGCGAUGAACAUAUCUAUCAGACUAUCCAGAACUGACGCGUGUCAAGAACUUUUAUCUGUGUGAGGAUGCGAUAAAAAUCAUAGUUUUUUUUCAACAGAACUGCGACAUAUUUUGUGCGUUCAUUAAUAACACGUACAUUCUUAUUUGUGUUUUUCAGUUACAUGCAAACUGUUAUAUCAAAUUUGAAAUCCAAGGCUGACUUAAAUUAACCCUUUAUGUUUUGGUUAAUUAUACAGCUGUUAUUUGGUAUUUCAAUGUAGUUCUGAUGACCAAAAUACCCAUAAUGGAAGUUCAUGAGUCGACUUUAAUUACGCUGUUUAAUGUAUAACAAUAAGUCAAUGGUACCAUUUUAUACUCAAUCAUAAUGCCAAAUUGGUAUACUGCAUUGUUCAAUAUGUAUGUUUGUUGUUAUGCUUUCAUGAGCCUUGUGUAUUGCGUAUGUUACCAAAAGUUAUUAAUAUGUAUUUAUGUAAGUGUAUAAAUAUACAUGAUAGCUUCUUUUUAAUUCAUUGCUGCAUGUUUUGUUUCUUGAUAAACUUUGUUGUUGUUUUUAUUAAUAUUUGUCGGUAAAAGCUAUACAUAGCUUAUCUUUAUCUACAUGUACAUAAGAUUAUACACUAUUUUUAAUUUCCUAAAAAAACACACACACUACUUCAAAGUACUUCUUCUAGCGUUUCACGUAUAUGACAACCAUAAAUUUCCUUUAAAUUUAUUUCAAACCAAAUUGAUUUAAACAAAUAAAAAGUUAUGUCGCAUUCCUCCUAAGACAAUUACUCACUUUGAUUAUUUUUACACCUUUUAUAUUUCAAGGACUCAAUAUUGCAUCAGCCGGAAGUCAGCAAGUUCUAGUUCCAUCAAAAUAUAUUUAAUCUGAGAUAUUUAUGAAAGACUUAUCUCUGAGUGGAGGUAUUAGACUGAAAACAAAGAAUAGCAACUAAACAUUACGUGCAUCACUAAGACAUAAACAUAAUUAGUGCAGAACAAUGCUUUCGAUAUUUUCCACAUUGAACGAUAUAAUGUGAUGUUCAAUGUGUUUUAUAAAAAUGUACACUUUAAUUGAUAAUGAAAACAUAAAUUAUAAUAGCCCUGAUUUUUUUUCGAAUUUUUUUAUUUGAAAUACAAACUUUCCCCCAAUUAUAUGAAGGUUACACGGUACUAUUACAAUAUUCUAUAUGUUUCUAAAACUCCUACGCAGUAAUCUCCAUUGGCGACAAGUAAAAAAAGCGAGUUUUGAAAAAUUAACAUUGAGCUUAAUUGUUUGUUUUGAAAAUGUCAUUCGAAAGAACGAAUUCCAGAAAAUUCUCUCUUAAUGUAUAGUAUUUUUGUAUGCCCGUUCUAUCUACUCAUAAGAGUAAAAUGUGUUCACAAAAACAAAAACAAUAUUAUAAAGCCCUGAAUUCACAUAACAUGCCGGUACAAAGGUGAAUUUCAUACUAUUGAAAUUCAUGUAUUAGACCAUCGACUCUAUUGUUUCCGAAGUAACGUGUAUAUAUUUAUGUUGUAAUUUUGUUUGUACUGGAGGAUUAGCUUGGGAAAACCAGAAUAUUUAUAAUUCUAGGCUUAAACUAUUGUAACAAUAAUAUCAACCAUGAUAAUGUCCUUCGGACAUAUGUUUACCCAAAAUGUUAUCAUUGAAAUAAUAACCUGUUUUGGUUACCUACAUGCACGUUUUUCUUCUGAUUUUAUUGCCCCGACUUGAUGCUAUGCAUCACUUGUUUUCUUGUAUCAAUUUGAAGUAGCAAUUUUAGUCUUCAAUAUAGAGAGGGCAUCCUUGACAACAUCGUGUUAGUAUGGAUUUAGUUAUAACGUACCAUUUACCACCGACAAUAAACACUUGUCUUUAUGUGUGUUAUUGAAAGCCCAGGGCCCGUAUUUUCUGAGCUACAUGUUG